CUGCCAUUGGUCGGGCUUUGCAAGUUGUACUCAAUGAACAAGGGGGAAGGUCAGUCACUUUGUUGUUGGGUGAAAUUGUACGUCAUGAACUUUCAUCCGAAUUGGGUUUUUCUCGAAAAGAUCGCGAUCAAAAUAUUGCUCGUAUAGGGUUUGUAUCUGCAGAGCUUACGAAAGCUGGUGCAGCAGUUAUUGCCGCACCAAUCGCACCAUAUUCAGAAGCACGUAAUAACGCAAGAGCACUGGUUGAAACUUAUGGUGGUUUCUAUUUAAUUCACGUUAAUACUCCUCUAGAAUAUUGUAUUAAAACCGAUAGAAAGGGUAUUUAUAAGAAAGCACAAUCUGGUGAGAUUAAAGGGUUUACAGGUGUCGAUGAUCCUUAUGAAAAACCUACAAACGCAGAUAUUGUUGUCGAUACGAGUAAGCAAAGCGUUAGUGAAAUUUGUCAUCAAAUUGUUCUAUUGCUUGAAAAG